AUGCCAAGUACUAGUAUGCUGAACAAGAUCAGCAAAUCAUUAUCUGCCAUGAACCUUCUGUGCUAUGUUUUACACCUUCAUGUGAAUCAUAUCUGUAUCUAUUUGGGUUCUGGCUGGUGGGUCCUUGCAAACAUUUGGAUCACUGCUCUGCUCACUACACUAGGCUUAUCUAUGUUUUGUCCUAAAUUGGAUGCCUAUUGGAUGCUCGCCAACUGUGUAAGUAGAUAUGUCAAAACUUGGAUUUUUUAUGGAGAGGAAAACAACAUUGUGGUAAAAGAAAUCAACAGAAUUUGUUUGGCUGGUAAUCUGAGGGACAACGUUAGAGGACCCUUUACAACUAUGCUCACCCGGAAUUUACUCUCAGUCAAUGUACCUUGUUUGAGAGGUUUUUCAUCAGCGGCGGCUAGUUUUCUUAGAACUGGUGAUACAUUGAAGCUAUCUAGAAUAUUCACAAGUGAAGAUGUUUUAGAGUACUCCAAAGUGAGUCAUGACUCUAAUCCUCUGCAUUUUGAUUCUGAGUCCGCUCGAAAUGCCGGAUUUGAAGAUCGACUGGUUCAUGGGAUGCUUGUUGCUGCCCUGUUUCCCAAGAUCAUAUCUUCUCACUUUCCUGGGGCUAUAUAUGUUUCCCAAAGCUUGCAUUUCAGGUUGCCUGUCUAUAUUGGCGAAGAGAUUGUUGGCGAGGUAGAAGCAACUAAUAUAAGAGAACAGAAGAACAGAUACCUAGUGAAAUUCAAGACAGCAUGCUUCAAGAAUGGUGCUAUCGUCAUUGACGGUGAGGCAAUGGCCAUCUUACCUGCACCAGCCGUGGAACAAGCGAAUACUUCGGCAUGA